AUGGUUAGGCUAAGCGGAAAGUGCAAAUGGUUCAAUUCUAUAAAGGGCUACGGCUUCAUAACCCUGGAAACAGGAGAGGAUGUUUUCGUGCAUCAAAGUGAAAUUCACGCUGUGGGUUUCAGAAGUUUAGCUGAAAAUGAACCAGUAGAACUGGAAGUUAUCAAUGAAGAUAAUAGGAAGAAAGCAGUUAAGGUUACGGGCCCAAAGGGUGACUAUGUCAAGGGUGCUGAUGAUACUCGUUAUAACGAUGGCUUUAACCCCCGAAGCUCUGGUUACAGAAGUGGCAAUGGCAGCGGUGGUAGCUACAGAAAUAAUGAUUACAAUGACAGAUACUAA